AUGCCACCAAAACCGAAAAAGCCUCAGAAAAAAAAAGUUACAGAGAACGUUUCAUCUACUGUUGCUGGUACAUCUGGCACAUCUGGUACAACUGGUACAACAGCAAAAGGCAAAAAUGUCGAAAUAUUUGAAAAUGCUCCUCCCCUACGAACGGAACUAUCUAGUGAUUUCGGGGGCAUUAACUUAGACUCUCCGUCAACCCUUUAUAAAAUCUGGAUCAAGUAUGGCGACGGCAGACCAGUUAGACUUACUUUUGGCGGCGAGAUCGUAGACGAUUUGAUAGAAGCGAUCAAGAAGAAACUGUCACCCAAGUUGAAUGACGUGGUAGUCGACGACAUCACUCUAAGAAGACACGGUGAAAAAGAAGACUUAGAUUCGGGGCUUGCUAUGGACCAGAGCUUCGAGAAUAACUCAAGCACGCCUCUACAAGUCAUUGUAAAUGUACCUGUGACAUCAAAACGCAAACAUGAAGAACCACCAGAAGAUUUACGUAAGAUCAUGGAAAGUGUGGCAGAAAGUGCGGCAGAAAGUGCGCUCUUAGCAGAAGACUUUCAACCUAUUAGUCCCAUAAAUUGCCAGCCAUUCGUAUGGAACACAGAAACUGAUGAAGCCCACCAAAUGCCCGAAGUUAAAAAAUGGUUUAAGAAAGCAUUAAACUUACCAAGAGGUUUUUAUGUGAAAGAUGUCCAUACACAGAUUCAAGAACGACAUUUAAAAAGUUCCAAUAUCACUUUAAGAGGCGGUAUCGAAAUUUCCAUUGGAGCAAGUGAUAACGACUGUGUUUGGAUUGAAACUAAAAAAAAGAAGGAGGAUUUUAAAGAGGGUCAAGCUAUCGGAGAAUUAUUCAUA